AUGGCUCACGAGAACGCAUGCCGGGUGGUUCCAUUUGACGUCAGUAAACGACUUUCAUCUCGCAACGCAUGGGCCGCCGUUCCUGCGGCGGCUGCUACUGUUGAAGAGAUAUGUGACCCACUGGUGCGAGCAUUAAACAAGAGCACCAAGUACAAGUCGCGUUGCUCCGGGAUGGUUUUUUCGCCCUCCCAAAACGACCAGUCCCUCAUCUGCUGCUUCACAACAGAGAAUUUCGAAGUCGUGAAGCAGCUCCAUCCAGGCUCUCGAGCGGAGCUAGGAUACACCGAGACUUUUAUUCAAGUGAACAGAAACUCGUCCCACGACAUCUUCUUGGACCCGCCCGACGAUGACCACGGACCUUAUGUCAAACCUCCCGGCUGGAAGUUCAAGAACACGGACGGCAGCGAGCCUAACACCAUCACGCCGAGGAUUGAUGUCACCGUCGAACGGGCGUCACAAGCAGAGGAGGCCCUCUUCCACGAAGUGGUCACGAAGCACGUUCGGGCUCAACUAGGCCUUGCAGAUGAAGAACUCAGCCGCGCGGUCAGCGAGCACUAUCAACCGGGCAAUGACGCCGUCCGGAGGGUAUCACUCUUGAAGAACUUCGCACUGGUGGUGUGGAGAACGUGUAAAGCUUUGCGUGAUGCAUUCACCAAGACGUCGCGCUUGCACCGAGACGUCAGUCUAGGGAACAUCAUUCUGGUCCGCGACGAAAGCGACGCCCAGUUCCGUCGAGGCUAUGUUAUCGACUGGGAUACAGCAGUCGCAGUGGAUGACCAUGGUCGAUCGAUAGAGCACGGGCUGGUGGGGACAUUCCCAUUCUUAUCUAUUCGUAUGCAUCAAGCGUCCAAAAAUACUGCACAAACACUGCAAGACGACAUCGAGUCUCUCUUCUACGUGAUCCUAUAUUGUGCCUACCUUUGGCUUCCCCAUGACGCAUCCAAGAACCGCCUUGCAACUUCAAUGUACCAAAUGUUUGAUCACAAGGCGUCCUAUUACGGCGACAAAAGGCUCCACGGCACGGCAAAGACGAUGAACCUCCGGGACCAGCGCUACACCAGAGGGUUCAACUGGCCAGCUCCUCUCCGUGAAUGGUUGGAGACGGUUAUGCUCUAUAUGACCCCUCCUCGCGCUGAGGAGUGCGACUACGAGGACAAAUGGACUGAUCCUGAACACUUGGACGCCUUCUGGCGCGAGCUAUUGCGGAAGCAUGGGGGCACCUUGCCCGUAGAUGAUCGCGUGGAACACGAUCACCCCCGUGCUCGCACAAUCAGACGUGUCCCAAGCGCCAUUGAAAGGCACGCUCACAGCAGCCCGUUCUUGCCGUCUUCCGCCAGCAGUUCAGCUUCAGCGACCACCCCAUCUUCUUCUGCCGUUCAAGCUGGCGACGUAGCCACCGAAUUACCUUGCCAAGCCUUACCCCGAACGACCCAGUCUCCUAUCGACGCCGUUGACAAAACUACCUGUGCUGGUGCUGGUCCUGUUCCACCACCAUCGCCUCGGCGUAGUAUGCGGCUUCGCGAAAUGAAAGAGCUCGCUACUGCCGCUCCCCAACAGGAAGUUACUAGCGGCCGCAAGAUCGCAGCCGGUACCUCACGCCGGCGCGCGGUCACUCGCCGGAAGGGAGGUCGUUAG